AUGUCGCAACUACCAAUCACGAAAAUCCGAAAGGAAACAAAUCAACAGGUAAACGAGGACCAAGACGAGACGGCGGGACGAAAGAAGCAGAAGAAAGUGGUGACAUUCCACGAGGCAGUCAGGAGCCGAAGCGUCGAAAGCUUUCUGGAUGAAGACCCUUCCGUGCUUUGGUAUUCGCCCAAAGACUAUGAGACAGCUCGAGCGAAGGAACGAUCUCUUAGAUGCUACAUUCGAAAAACAGAAAAGAACGAAGGGAAUUUGAAUGCUCAAGGAAUCUUGACACUUGAAGAAGCCGCCAGGAAGCGCAACAAUGGUGCAAGUGCCAAAAUCGCUGUCUUUGAACAACAAGAAGCACAAGAAAUUGCAUUCUUGGUGUACAACGACCGCAAAACGGCAAAGUUAGCACUUGAUGGCGAACAGAUUGCAAAAGCAUACCAACCUCAUUCACAAGCAUCCCUUGCGCAGGCACAACACAGAGCCAUGACCCACGAAACGCAUGUUCACACAAUUCUAUCAGACCCCACAGAAGAACUGAUAGCUGCAUUACCAAACCGGCGAAGACGAUCUCCUCGUUCGAGUCUACUACUAUCCAGUCCAAGAUCAAUAAGAGGACCGCCGCCAUCGCUGAUUCGUCGUGGAAAGCGGUUCCAAAUAUGUGCAGUGCUCAUUCCGGGUGCCUCUUCGAUUAUAGCAGGCGUCACUUCUCAUCUCGCUGCAUAG